CCUUUUUGGCGGCUUUGGCAGGAUUUUCAGACAUCCGCGCUGGAACCAGCUGCUAAACCGUUCGGUGGUAUCGGUAUCGCUAAGGAGCGUGUCCCGCAAACAAACUGGAGAUAAAUCUGUACUCAGUAAACCAAGUGUUGAAGUUCCAGCCAGCACAGACCCACUCUCUGUGACAUCCAAUCCGGGAACGUGUACGGGGCGGCUCAGGGGGACGAGAGUCGCGCGCUACCGGAACAGAUAUCGACCAAUGGCAGGAGGCGUAACGAACUGACGGUGACAUACCUUCUGUGCGCCACAUGGACGACUUGCGGGUUGGACACAGGAGGAUCUUCAGUCUUGUUGACUUCUUCUCCUUGGGAAAGGUCCAGGGGGUACACACUCCAGGUUACCAGGACCCGCUUUCUUCACAACUAUAGGAGUCUUCCUUCCACUGUUCCAGUCGGUAUAACUACAGGAUCAACCGAUCGACUACACACCCGACACGGGAGCACCUUCACGUUAGGAAGGCUGGAGACAGAAGACAGCACGUGCGGCAAACAUAAACUGGACCUGAUAUCGGAAAAGCACCGACCAUACACCGAGAACUGUCCUCUCUAGCCGUUUUUCCUCCUCAACAGUUUUUUUUUUUAGAACGGCGCAAGGUUUUUCGAUCGGUGCGUUCUCUUUUUAUUUGCGCGGUCAAGUUUUGUUUCCAACUGCAGAGCAAAUACAGGAAGACCCGGCCAGACAUCCUAAUGUACCUGACAGCUGUGCGGGGAAGCUAAAAGCUACAGGGACAUCACGGCAGAUUAGCAAGCUUACCCGCGUCAGAACGUGGUGUUCUCGCCGCUUACACUCGCGCGUGACCAGACUGGGCUCAGUGCUCUUCCCGCGUAUGCACAGGAGAGGCCCGCUGAAACUCAACCUGCGAUGUAACUUUGUUUUGCCUCUCUUGUGCGGCGGUAUUUUGGCUUGAACGAAAAUGGAAGGCGGGAGUGCUACGGAAGCAGAGAGGAUGAGAACUGAGCAGGUAAAAAGUGGACACGAAGGAGAAAGGGACCGUGGUAAGGUCGGGACCUCGGCGGCGGCGAAGACGGAGACCCCCGCCGGCGGGAAGACACCACACGCCCCGCGGAAGCUGCUGCGGACUCCCAAGUGUGCACGGUGCCGUAACCACGGGGUGGUGUCAUGUCUGAAGGGACACAAGCGGUACUGUCGCUGGCGGGACUGCCAGUGUGCCAACUGUCUGCUGGUGGUGGAAAGACAGCGAGUCAUGGCGGCACAGGUGGCUCUGAGGCGGCAGCAGGCCACGGACCUGGGCCGGACCGGAGGCACAGCGGGCACGGGACAGAACAAACCCUCACCCGCCGACAACUCUCCCACCCCCCGGCGACUGUACACUCGUACACUCACCCGGGCUACCAGUCUCACUAGAGACAUCCUGGAAAGAGGUCUCCGAGUUGGCCGACACGACCCGGACCCCAGCAGUUAUUUUCUCCUGUCGCCAGAAGUGAGUGAGAGAAUGAGAAAACGGCGAGCUUUCUGCGACAAGGAGCUGGAGGCGGCGAUGCUGGAGCGGGAGCGGGAGCAGGAGGCCCGGCGAGCCCAGCACCUCUUCGCCGCCAACGGGUUCUGCCUGCCGGUGGGGGUGACCGUACCGAGCGGGCUGACCUUACCGGGGGGAAGCUGCACCUCCCCGCGAGAGUUCCUGGUGCGCGCCUUCCCUCACGUCAACCCGAGUUUCCUCGAGCUCAUCCUGCAGGGCUGCGGCGGGGACUUAGACCGGGCGUUGGAGAAAGUGGCGGCGGGGGUAAGCCCUCUCUUCACCGGCCAGCCGUUCAACGGCGUUCCGGUGUACCCCGGUCUUCCUCUACUCCACGGUAGCAGCAACCACCUUGGACAUUCCAUCGGAGACGCGGCUAAACUUCGCCCCGCAGUCUACCAAAACCUCGCCAGAAACUUCUGCACGGCUCCCGGCCACUGGAAACGGCUCAACGGACAGACAUCCCACGGAAAGGCGACUCGACUGGGCCACAGAAUGUUACGCGGUUUGGAAGACUUGACCGCAGAGAAAUCGGCUUUCUCUCCACCAAAUAAAAAUGCUGGAAAGUCGUCCAAAACUCCCGACUGCGACACGAUCAAGCAAGAGCCGUCGUACCCCGAACAAGACCACUCGCCUUCAAGUCCGGAAACGGUCGUCAAACGGCCACGACUUGUCCGCAGACGGUCGGACGACGUCUCCUCUCCCGAGUCUCUCUCACCUCGCGAAGUCAUCCUCCACGAGGCCAACUUCGACACUGUUCGGAACGGGGAAACUCACCACCGAACCGGGCUGGCGUUUCGGUUCGACAUUGUCGAGGAAAACGACCGACCGUGCGACGAAGAUGACCCGACGCCGGUAGGACAGGACGACAACCAGAUAGCGACAAAUCCAGACCAAGACAGCCAUACAACCCCGUCAGAACAAUACUCCCAACUGUUUCAGGACCAAAUCAGAACCUACCAGGGACUUCCAAAGACAAACACUGUCGCCAAACCGUCGUCACUCGCGCUGGGAGAAGACGAGACAGCGCCACGACCGCGAACCGACCAAAUCGCAAGUAGGUCUCUACCUCGCCCGCUGUUACCUUUCUCAGUCGAAGCUAUCAUGGCAAGAGAUCUCUAAACGUGCCUGAUAGAAAGUUAGGACAUUUUCCUGUUCUUAAAAACGUAACUCGUGUCUUUUUUAUGAUACUGUGCACCACAACUGCAUUAUGAAUCAAACUUCAAUUCCUGAAUAUUUUUUACCUCUAAGAAUACUGUUGCUAUUACUGUUUUAUACUUGUAUUUUGUGCUGUUGUUACAUGCUUUAUGUUUUCAAACGUACGACAGAUAACCUAAACUGUCUAACUCUGGUGACUUUCCUUUCGUUUGAGAAGUUGAAAAGAAGGUAUAUUUUCUUUGUUUAUUUGAUUCUUCUGUUCCUUCGAUCACAACAUCAAGUUAUUUACUGUAAUGUACACCAUGACCUUUUGUUUUAAAUUUUUUCUACGAAGAGGCUAUCACAUUGUAUUACUUUAUUCAGAGAAAUGAUUGAUUUUAAAAGUUAUGUGUACUCGUUUCAUACACCGACCUGCAAUGUUAUGCCUUAACCGUUGGGGGCGCUCGUGAACAAUCUUUGAAAUUGUUCCGUUUCACUACGAAUCGUGGCACGAUGCAAGUAGUUAAUUGCGCUGUAUAUAGUCUAGCUUAUAGCCUAGUACGAUUGUGAUAAUGUCCAGCAACUACCAACUAUAGCCUCUCUGUGGUAUACCAGCGGUUCGAUGUUCGAUGCUAUACCACAAAAGAAAUUUAAUGUUACCUCUGACAAUGUUCAUUUUGAACAUGCCAUUCAAUGUCUAAUACAAGUCUAAUACAAGUACAUGU